AUGGGUCAAAUUUUACUACGAUUAGGAAUUCAUAUCCGUCCUCGUAUACAUGAACACGAAAAUAAUCGAAUACCAAUACAUCAUAAAUGUCGUAAUUGUGGUGGUGUAUGUGAUUUACAAAAAAAUAUUUGUCCACAUGCUAAAUAUACGCGAACGGGGACCAAAGAUCAACCGGCUAUCAUGCGUCCAGCUAUACCAGAUUCUAAAGUAAGAUGGAACAGUCACUUUGAUUAUAGACCGAUCGAAUUUACAUCGGAAAAAGUGCGUACGUCAACAAAAGAAUAUGUUGAUAAAGAUCCACGAUUUGAAGUACCUUUAAAAAUUGAUAUACCAUGGAAUCAAGAUGAUGAACUUUGUGAUCGUCGAUCCUACCAUGGUUCCUAUAAAAUCGUUGGAGGAGUACCACAAAAUCCGUGCGGAAGAACAGGGAUCACAGGAAGAGGACAUUUAGGUCAUUUUGGACCCAAUCAUGCGGCGGAUCCAAUUGUCACACGAUGGAAACGUAAUGAAAAAGGAAAUAAAAUAUUAAAUAACGAUACGAAUAAACCUAUUUUACAAUUUGUAUCUAUUCGUCGUAAAGACACAAACGAAUUUGCCAUUCCUGGCGGGAUGGUUGAAAAAAAGGAAAAAGUAACUGAUACACUACAACGUGAAUUUCAAGAGGAAACAUUAAAUUUUCCCGACAUGAGCGAAAAAUCAAAGCAUGAUUUAUUAGCCGUAAUAAAAGAUACAUUUGAAAAUGGUGGUAAUCGAAUUUAUACAGGCUAUGUUGAUGAUCCAAGGAACACUGAUAAUGCCUGGAUGGAGUCGACGGUAUAUAAUUUUCACGAUGAACACGAAGAACAUCUUGCUUUGUUAAAAGUCAACGCUGGAACAGAUGCUACAGAUGCAUUUUGGCAUGAUAUGCAUUCAAAACUACCGUUAUUUGCUAGUCACGCUGAUUUUUUGAAAAAAGUAUCCGAACGUCUUGGUGCACAUUGGUAA